GAAAGAAACAACAACAGAAGCAGAGAGACAGGCCUCCCUCAUCUAAUCACAGAUUAGUUUUGCCACUCACACAAACUCUUCUCUCUGUAAGAGGUAAAACCUGCAGCAUGGCGGGAGGUAGCUUUGUCUUCACGUCCACGGCCUUGCGCUCUCUCGAACUUGAUAAAGACAACAUGCUGGAGAGACAAAAGUACAAGAAGCAGCUGGCCAGCCAUCACUUCAAUCGCUAUAUGCUGAAGAAGGAGCUCAGGGAGAGGGCACCGCUGAGGUCCAGCACUUUCGUGCCACCAGCUGUCUGCCAAGAUGCGAUCGUCCAGAACGCUCUGUACACGGGAGACCUGUCGGCCAUGCAGCACCUCUUUCCUCGAGGGUCCACAGCAAACCUCAUCAUCGAGCCACAGGGAGGGGACAUGCGCUGGGUCGCCACAGGGGACGGACUUUGGUCACUGAGUUAUGAGCAGGAGCUGACCACGCCGCUUCACAUCACAGCUAGCCGAGGCUUCACCGACUGCCUGAGACUCCUGCUGCAGCGCGGGGCCGAUGUAGACCUGGCACCGGAGGGCACCACCGCCUUGCACGAGUCCUGUGAAAACUGCCAGCCAGAGUGCACCAAACUGCUGCUGAUCCAUGGCGCCAACGCCAACGCGGUCACAGAAGAGGGCUUCAUGCCUCUGCACUUUUGCACAAGCCCCGAAUCCCUUGAAUGUGCCAAGAAUCUCCUGCAGUAUGGAGCAGCGAUCAACGGUCGCACUCUCAAUGAGAGUGACACUCCCUUACACGUGGCAGCCAGCAAUGGCCUCCCAGACCACACCGAGCUCUACCUGCGCUACGGAGCCGCCGUGGACAAACGGAACAACGAGGGUCUCACGCCCCUGAUCGCUGCCUGUUCACAACCCCAGGAGGUGCAGGAGCUCGAGCGGUACUUCAAGGUGUGCCAGAUGCUGCUGGGGGCCGGGGCCGACGUGCACACCGUGGACCAGGACAAACGCACGCCUUUGCACAUGGCCUGUAAGAAUGUAAACCCAGACAUAGUGGACCUGUUGCUGGCCAACGGAGCUUGCGUUAACGACAUGGAGUACGGCGGUGAGGCGCCCAUGCACAACAUCCUGAAGGUGGUGUGCUACAAGCUCUCCCAUCAACCCGAGAGGAUCGUCCGUGCUCUGCUCAACCACGGUUCUAUCCGGGUGUGGCCUGGAGCUCUGCCCCUGGUUUUGAAGCACUGCUGUGGAUCUCCACGCACCAUCGAGGUCCUGCUGAACGCCUACAGUCACCUCAAAGUCACAGACGCCUGGGUGGAGUCAGUGUCAUCGGAGGCGUUUAAGGAGCACAAAGAGUUCUAUGAGUCCGUCUUCUCGUUGGAACGGACCCCUCGCUCCCUGCAGCACUUGGCACGCUUCAAGAUCAGGAUCUUCCUGGAGGGCCGGUUGCACAAGGUGGUCCCUAAACUGGAUCUGCCCACCUUCAUUAAGAACUACCUGCUCCUGGAGUACAGAGACUAUGUCCACUGAAAGUGUUGGUGUGAGUCCCGAUGAAGACCGAGUGCUGCCACAUGUGAGGAAGGCGCAAAUAAGUCAACAUCAUAAUUAAAGUAGUGGCUCCAACUGUAGCAGCAGUACACUUAUUAAUAUGUUUAAAUACACAUUUCAGGAUGAAGAAGCAGCUGCUUGUUCUCGUGUCACUUUUAUUCCAGUUCGAGCUACACAUUUGAUUUUGCACCACAAGAGGGAGCUAUAGACUAGACUUGAUAAAAUACAUGGCAGGUAAUGUGUUUUAUAUUUUAAUAUAUAUCACCUUUCUUUUCUUUUUCACUUCUUCACUUGAUAGUAAAGAGGCUCAGACGUUUGUGUUUUUAUACAUAAUAAUUAUUGCAGUAGUGUGAUGCUAAUGAGCAUAAUAAUCAUGUGUUGUACAUUGAGGAUUGCCUUAGAAUAUUUGCAUAAAUAAUUAUUCCCAAAGGUAUUAUUGUAAUUAGGCUUUUUCUGUCAAAAAUAGUCGUGAUGUAAAAUGAAAUAUUCCACCAUGGCCAUGUGAUCUAGUCACUGCUCUUUUUUUAUUUCCUGUUUUACAUUUCUCUCUCUUUCUUCUAUCGUGUUUCUGUCGUCUGUUGCUGUCUGUCGUUUUUUUUAAAUAUACUCUAUAGGUUUCUAUAUUAAUGAAAGAAAAUACAUUUGUUGUUAAACCAGAUUGUAUGUUGUCAAACUAAACUUUAAAUAUAAAGCACUUUAAAAACAAGCUGAAACAACAUUAAAUCGUGCGGAAUAACGAUUGAAAUG